GGGCGUUUCAGGUCCAUGUAACGCUGCGCGACUGCGGGCCGUGCAAGCCGGGGAAAGGCCCCUGGAGCGAGCCGCGGCACGAAGCAAAGACCGCCCGUGCCACUACUGCACGAAAAAUUGCUCACGCAGCGGCGCCGAGGCUGCCCUUAGCGAGGAGGCUGCCUGUAGCAGAAGCUGCCCCACGGCGAGCAAGCGCGUGUGUAGGCCCCGUUCUCCAGGGCUUCCGCGACUGCGACAUUCGCCCCAACGCACGCGCGCGCCCGCUCCAGUAAAGCAAGAUGCCCUCCCGGCGCGGCGGCCGGCGGCGCGGUAUCGGCGGCGGCGACAAGAGCGGCGACAUGAACAUGACCGACGUCGCGAUUGGCGCCCGGAAAGUGGAGAGGGCCGACGCGCAAAGAGGUUCGAAGGAGAAGGAGCCCAGGGACUACGUCCAGGACCUGAAUUUGAUUCUCUUGGCCCUCGACUGCAUCGCUUUGGUUUUAUGUGUAUUGUCCAUCGAGAACGGCUGGACGGGCAACAGCUGGGACCCGAACGUCCUCACGGAAUUGAGUAAGUGGGGCAUCACGAUCGUGAGUAUCGCGUCCGCGGUGCUGAUCCUCAUAAGAUACACGUACCAGCUAGAGUGCAUGAUCGAGGAGCCUCCAUCUCUACCUCAGCUGAUACUAGAAGCGCUGGUCCACUUCCUGCACGUGCCGCCGCGCUCCCUCUUCGGGAAUCCCGCGCCCAACGACUGGAUGUUCCGCGUCGGGUAUCAAUACGACCCGCGGCACGGACGGUACCCUUUAGAUAAUCUGAACGCGCUGCUGGUGAUUCGGAUGUAUAUUAUGCUAAGGGUCAUCUGCGAGCAGUCGUAUUAUGAUGAUGAAAAUGUCAUGGCAGUAGGGGCUUUAAAUCACGUCCGCAUCGACCUGCCCUUCGUCAUCAAGUGCAUCAUUCGACGGUCGCCGGUACGUUCUUUAGGAAUAUCUUUGUUAUGCACGCAGAUCUGGGGCUCGUAUAACAUGCGGCUCUGGGAGCGGCGGUACUCCCAUCAUUUGGAUGAUGACUUUACGAUUGCGGGGUCGGAGGCGGACUGGUCGAACGCCUUUUGGCUGGUCUUUGUGACCAUGACUUCUGUUGGUUAUGGUGAUUACUAUCCCAACACGCAUCUCGGGCGGGUCACCGCGGCCGUCUGCGUGUUGCUGUUCACGUUGUUCAUUUCGCUGUUCAUCGGCGUCGUUGCCGACGAGAUGCAACUCGGAAGCGCGCAGGAGAAGGUCUACGAGUACGCCGACGCGCACGCGAACCACCAACGAGUGCGGCAGAUCGCGGCGGAGGUCCUGACCCAGUUCUUAAGGGCAAAGGCGACUCCAGAUUUGAAAAAGAAGCCCUGGCUGAAGCCGCAGUGGGUCCACGACAUGUACGUCAAGCACCGCCUCGCGCAUCGACGGAAGGUGGCGCCGUCGCAUGGGUCGCCGACGACUGGAGGUCGACCACGGAAACAGAUGCAAGAAAAGAGCAUGUCGACGAUGCGGAUCGGGGGCGACGCGAAGAUCGACCGCGACGAAUUGAGCGGCGUCUCCGACUACCUCCUCGACACGUUCAAGGUCAAGCUCGACCUGCACAAGCGGGCUGUGGCGAGAGGACUCCCAACCCAAUACGAGACCCAGAACAACGCGAUGUACGACUGGAUGAAGAAGUCGCAGGAGCGCGAGGCGGCCCUCGUCCAGAUGGUCGAGGGCAUCUGCGACAAGCUGGGCACGCCGAAGCCCGCGCCGUCGCCUUCGAAGAAGCCGCCGGGGGGCGGGUAAGGGCGGAUUUAUUU